AUGGCAAUAGUAUCUUCCUCCUGCCAUCAAGAAUUUAACAGUGACGGAACGAAGCAUGGUACGCUAACUUCACCUCACUAUCCUCUUGCAUAUCCUUCGAAUACCCACUGCCAUUAUGAGUUUUUUGGAAGGGGAAAAGAACGAAUUAGGCUGAUAUUUCAAGAUUUCUUUUUGUACAAACCGACGGACGGCUCACUUGAAUGUUCCAAUAUUGAUUCCCUUCAAGCUUUUAUUAACGUUGACGGGAGAUUAGAAAACGUAGCAACUUUCUGCGGUGUGGAUCUCCCAAAACCCAUCAUGUCAAAUGGCCCUAAACUCAUGCUGGAAUUCCGAGGAACACAAUCAUCAAGACACGCUAGAGGAUUUAAAAUUUCAUAUUCAUUUGUUGAAAAUUUUGGGAUAUCAACAGGAAGACAACUUAAAGAAUUUCCGUGUGCUUUUGUGUAUAACAGCACAGAAGCGCGAAAUGGAACCUUCGCAUCUCCUAACUCUCCUGGCCCAUACCCUAGGGAUACAGAAUGUUCUUAUUUCUUUCAUGGUGGACAAACUGAAAAAGUGCACCUUCACUUUACUCAUUUUGAUAUAGAAGGCGUAUCACCGUGUGAAGCUGAAUCAGCAAGUGAUUACGUAGAAUUUUCUAAUUACAUGACUGAAGACAAUAGAUAUGGUAGAUACUGUGGGCAGCAAAAGGAAUUUCACGUAGAAUCUGAACGAAACUUUUUCAAAGUAACAUUUCGAUCAAAUGAUCGAUUAGAUGGCACUGGGUUUAAAGCUAUUUAUCAGUUUUUAGAAGCAUCUGACGAGUAUCAAGCACCAAUAUCUGAUUACGCAUCGUCACUUUUCCCGCUGCGGUUGUGGUUGAUACUGCUCGUCUUCGUUUCAGCUUACCUGCAUCGGUUUUAUCAUUAA